AUCCCGUAAUUCAUUACCUUCAUUCUAAAUACACAUCAAGACCAUUAAGAAUCUAACAACGAACUUAACCCCCUUGGGGUUGCUUGCUUUCCAUUUUCUCACUUUUAUAUGGAAUCAUUCAUUCUCGCUUCGCCUCUAUGAUUUUUCAGUCGACAUAAGAUUUUUUUUCUUUUUUCACCACGCAUUUUUCGCCUAUUCAUCGAGUAUUUAUUCUAUGUGCGGUCUGAAAAGGUAAAUUAUGGUUCUCAAAGGGGUGUGCGUUUGGUGCCGAAAUGCAUAUUAUGUGCACAGUGUGGUGACGAUCUGACUGGGUAGGGCAAUAUAGAUCUGUCAGAACACAAUCAGGACUAGUCAAGAGCGGAAUAUGUACGUGGGCUUACCCUCGACAGUUCCGAAGAGCCAUUCUUGUUUCGUGAAGUCAGAACUGAAUAUAUUUUGUCUAGUUGUAUCUAAAUAAGAUAUUGUGCAUGAAUGUAUCAAACAACAACGAGUCGCCCGGUAUUUUCUGGAAUUAUUCAGGUCUGUCUCGGACACAAUCGAGGUUUUCAUGAUACCAGCGUUCUGUACACACAAUACCACACGUUGCGUAUGAAUGCACAAGCGAGUGUGAAGGCCACAGGACUGACAUGAAAAAUUGUAGUUUCUCUUUAUAUUCCAUGAAAAACACUGAGCAUUUGGAGAAAAUAAAUGGAUAAAGCCAAACGAUGACCAUUGAAUGUAUAUACGCUGUGGAAAGAGACUAGAAUUUUUUAAGUGUGACAACAUGCUGGUGAUGCUCGAGGACGAAGUCGUUUGCUGCAGGUCUUUCUGCUUGUAACUAGGAAAUAGCCAACCAAAUUGGUGAUCAUCGAAGGCUACUAUUUCAAAAAUAUCAAAUUUAUCAUCUAGACGACAAUAUAAAUGGUAAAGUUUUACUUCCAUUCAUAAAUUCCCCCAAAUAAAACCAAAAAAUAGGUGUUCAAAAGACAUUUGAUUUUCGCUGAUUCAAGGAAAACCGAUCACUUCUUGAAGAUGGGUUCUUCAUCAGUGCCUCUCGUCCUGUACAUCUUCGUCAAGUCCAGCGUCCAGGACACUCGCCAGAGGAUACACGAGAACGUCCAGAACAUUGCCAUAGCGUUCCCAAAGGUGGACUUUCGUGUCCAUCGGAUGGGGUCAGACAGGGUCUUCGAUGACAUGUUAGAUCUGUUCCUCAAGGGUCUCAGUGAGAGUGAUAUCUGCAGGCUACAGGGUAUCAUUGUCAACGGCUUUGGUCAGAACCCGACGGGUGCUCUGGGAGACAAGGAAUUCAGUGGUGCCUUCUUCAAGAUGGUACUUCUUGCCAUGUUGAGGAGAAGAUCAAAUUCUUCACAACGGAUUGCCGUUGUGUGUGCACAGAGUUUCAGCCACACUUUCACCCAGCAUGCCGACUCGAUCCCUGCACAAACCUCCGAAGUCUUCCAGCUCAUCCCGCUGACCACCAGCUACCAGCCUUACCAGGUCAAAACCGAUUCGAUACCACGACCGAUCGGAUUAUCCGUCGACAUCCAGAAACUGGUCGGUCACGUGUUCCAGUCCCCCUGCGCCAACGUCUUCCAACGGCACAACGAAACGAUGCACGGAGUUAGCUCGAUUGUGAGGAGUGCCCACUUCUAAUGCUUAUUGCUUUGAUAUUUUUUUAAAGGUUGUCCGUGUUGAUGGUUGCAAGCAAGUUAUUUUCUUCAGUUAAAUGGCGUCAUGAGGCUAAGUGUGACAUAUACAUGUCCAGAGCCCUAGCUGGCUUUGUCGCUAACUUAAUUACACUCGGUCACACCACGACAUAAGCCUACAUCGGCAUUUGCCUGACAUAGCAAUUAUAUGUCAUGUUGCCUUUCCACCAACCAUACAGUCCCAAACCGAUCAAUUCUGUUUUACGUUUUUCGGUUUGGAUCGGUUUGGGCAUAGACCUACUAGUUCCAUGGUUUGUGUGACAAUACUGGUAUGUUCGUUUUGAACACACAAUACGAAGCAUCAUGGCUUUCUGGCUAUGGUAACUAACCGUGACUUAAUAUAGGUGAAAAGACAAAUGGCGGAAGAACGUAUGGUCUUUGACCUUUGAAAAAAAAGCAUCUCCGAAUCGCAGCAUCUCCUAUAAACUUGUUUCUGUAAAUCCAACCAAAAAUAGUCUUAUUUUUCAAAUUUAUUUCAAUGGAUCUAUUUCCAUGACUUCUUUUCUCGGCAUGGUUGGGACUACUGUAACUGCGAUAUUAUUUGACCUUUGCUGACAGUAAUCGUGGUAAUUCCAUUGGCGAUUAGCCAUUUUGUCUUUGCCAUUAAUUUUGAAAUAAUUGUGGAGAUCUUCGGUAAUGAUAUAGCUAAUGAUGUUGUGUAAUCACGACUUGUAUUAUCAUGUUAUUUUGAGUCAACUUUACAACUCGAAGUCAAGAUAUCUCCCUGCAAUUUUUAGUAUAUGAAGUAGUACAAAUUAUAGAAGGAAUUUAGUGAUUUAGUUGAUUAAGAAUUUUGUUGUUUUAUGAUAAUAUCUCAAUGUCCAUCGGAUUUGGCGGAUGAAAGCACAAUUUAGUGAGGCGUCGCCUUUUAUCCGGAUGGUAUAAGUACAAAUCUGCAAGAUGUCUUUUAAUCCUUAACUGUAGGAGGGAUUAUAGGGAGUAAGGUAUUUUUAGAUUGAUUGGAAUAUAUAAACUUCAAAAUUUGCACCCUAAAUAGGAGUCCGUUGCCAAUGUUCUGGCCAAGGGAACAAUUUUUAAAUAGUGGGUGCUGGGGUAUUUAUCAGGGGAUUUUCGUCAAAAAGAAAUAUGUUGACAAAAAUGACAAAAAUUUGUCCCAAAUCUCUGUCAUUUGGGAACAAUAACUUUAUUUUUUUGCUUGUCAACCUGAUUCCCAGGGCGUGCUACCUAUGGUGAAUAACAUGCGCAGAAUCUCCACUUCACACAUGCAGGGCUAUGUUUUGUUUUGGAAAUAUUUUCGCACCGAUUAAGGUACACUACAGUGCGUAUCAAAAAAAAAGUUUACAGUUUGAAAAAGCCCUGGGAAUUAAAAAAUAUACAACAUGUGGGUAAUUUUUUCACAUAUAAUCUUGGGUUCGGGUCUCAUCUAUCUAAUGAAAUUAAAAGUUUUGACAGAAUGUUACACUUGAGUGAGCACUGUCCAUUUUUGUAGAGCUCGCAGAGAUCUGUUUGCGCAGAAAUGCUCGUUUUCACGCUGUGUAAAGGGGAAAGGGCGAAAUCAAACUUACCCUGCGAAACAUUUCUCAUCCAUUUCCCUUGCACUUUUAGUCAAUUGAAAUAAAACGUAUACAUUCAAGCAUUUUGUAACAAUUUUGCCACCCAAAUUGAAAUUUCAACACUUAGUAAGCACAACCUUUACCCUUUUUUUUGUGCCAGCUGGAUCCGAGGACAUAACUGAAUCUGAACAAAAGUUUAUAUCAGACAUCUCCAGCAUUUUUUCACUAAGUUUGUAUCAUUUAAAGUGGGUUUACAUUUCAUUUUUCAUUUAAUACUUGUUUCUCCACACUUUUCCCAAGCUUGACAAUGAUUAACAAAAUGAAAAUGAAGCCUAAGCCAUUUCAUGUAAAUCACAGCUCAGUGCUAAAGCAAAUAUCGUCACGAUGGCCUCGGUGUGUGGGGGAGUGGGGUGGGGCGCAAUGCACUCUUCGAAGUGUUUUGGGCAAGGAAACAACUUAAAAAAGGUAGAAUAUAUCAUAAAAUCAAUUUUACUAGCUAAAUUCCACGUGUUCUUCAUGAUUAAGGUCUACUUUUAUUCGCAUAACUAUUUCAAAGUUCUGCGCAAAUCAUUUUUUCACUAACUUGUCAAAAGUAAGUGGUGCUCACUCAAGCGGAAAUAUUUUUUGACAGUUAUAUCGUCAUUUGCUUAAAUGGAUAUGUACCAAUGUUCAAAUGUGGAAAAAUCUUCAGGAUAUUACAAAUAUAUAAUUUUACAGGAUUUUUUCUAAGUGUAAUUUUUUUUAAUACGCACUGUAGAGUAUGUGGGCAUUUCCGAGUGCGAAGAAUUACAUACGGUCGCAGCUUAUUUAUUAAGGGUGCAAGACUGCACACCGAAAAGGGUGCUGAUAUUGUAACAUUUGCAAAGUUGUUGUACAUCUAUGAAUGCUUUAUAAGGUACAUUAUAAUACGUAUUAGUAUAGCUCGGUUUAAUGAAAGUACUGAAGAUGUAUUUAUUUACAUGAAUAAUAUGUAAAAGAUAUAGCUUAUUUUUGUGUAGUUAAUUAAACUAUUUAAAGAGAAAAGUUAAUAACAUCAUUUACUUCUUGAAAUAAGAA